GUUUUCUCAGAAGAAAACUUGUUCAUGUAGAAUGGCCGCAGAAGUAAACACCGAUAUCGUUGAAACCAAUUUUUCAAGUACAUCAUUUAUAGAGACGACAGGUGAUGAUUACACAAGAGAACUUAUGUCGAAUGCAGAGGAACAAAAGCAAGCGGCCCUUGAAGCGUUAAAAAAUCGCAUCGGAAGAAGGAAAGAGACACCAUUGACAGUAGCUGUAAUUGGGGCACCCGGAGUAGGAAAAUCUUCCUUCCUCAACACAAUGAUCACCAGCAUAACUGGAGAAUACAGAGAGUGGGCCAGGACAGGAGAUUCUGGUGGAACUGGAAAACCAAUCACUUAUCGUCUACAAUGGCUACCUGUGACAAAGUAUGCAAGCAUUGUCGACGAUAACACCCUGGAAUAUAAUUUUCCAAACUUCUUGGAUAUAGCAGGAUUUGAAGAUACUGAUGAUGAAAUGACACAUGAGCUUCUAAAUCUCAUAUUCUAUGGGAGAAUUCCAUAUAACAUACCACUCUUUAAGGUUGCAGAAGAUAUCAGAAAGUAUGGACGGAUGUACACUGAUGCGAAGUAUCCAGUUACCCCAGAAAGUAAGAAGAUCGACAGGAUAAUUUUCAUUGCUUCAGCAACAAAUCCUAAUUUACCGACACAACUCAUGAAAGCUGUAUCUUCAGUACAGUGGAGAAAAAGAGAUAUUCCACUAUUUGGUGUAUUGACAAACAAAGAUAGAAGGACCGAAAAUGAAGAAGAUUUUGAUCAGUUUGAGACUAAGUUCAAAACAACGCUCGGGCUGUCUCAUUUACAUUAUUUUCUUUGCACGAAUUACUGUGAUGAUAAUAUAGAAGAAAUUCGAUCAGGGACAGCGAAGAACAAUCCAGAGUUAGACGUUCCUAUGCUGAAAUUCUUGAAACAGGUUCUAGAUCCAGUACUGGAGAAUGUUGACAUUCAUAAGGAGGUUGGAAUAACAUGGCAGAAUACAGUGGAAUGGUUGCACACGCUGUGGGCUGCAUUACAGAACACAAAUAGACAGCAGUUUACCAUCAUCGUAGUUAUUUCACUUGUUUUGGUCGUUCUGACUUUGUUAUUAGUCCCCUCCGGUUUCACCGGUAGGGAACUAUAGGUUUCUUCUGAGUCUGUCCGUCCGUCUGUCUGUCCCUCUGUCUGUCCGUCCGUCUGUCUGUCCUUCCCUCUGUCUGCCCGUCCCUCUGUCUGUCUGUCAGUCUGUCCUACUUGGUUUUCCGCACUUUUUUUCUAAACGCUUGCAGAUAUUGAGCUGAUGUUUGGUAUGUGAGUGUAUCUUGAUGAGUUACAGAUCAAGUUUGCAUUUCGCUCCGCUUCAUUGAUUUUUCUAAUUUGCCCCUUUUCAUUGCAACUGACUCAUUUUAUUAGAAUCGUUAUUAUAAUACAUAUUUCAUCUUCCGUUUCCAAUAGCAGUUUGAUUUUAAUCAAAAUAAUGUACAUUUUACCUUAGUUUCUUCUUCUAGGCUAAUUUUAUGUUCAAUGUAUGUAAAAAGGUUUAUAUUAACAAGUGACCUCUUAAAUCAAAUUAUACAUGAAGGAGUAAAUGGAUACUGAAAUGCGAAGGGCUCAUGGCUGGAGUUACUGAUCGCCGAGGAGGUGCUAACAUCUCUUUGAUGUUUAAUUCCGCUACUCUGUGUUUCAAGAGAUCCGUGUUUGUUCUGCUCUUAUUUUAAAUUGUUUUUUUUUAAAUUCUGAACUUGAUCACCGUUCGUUUUCUUUAAAUUUCUUCUUUAGUGUUCUAAUUAAUUAAUAGCAGGGAAAAUAUCAGAAUUGAUUAUAAGAUUUGAAAACUUAAUGAAUUAAUGAAUAUUGUUCUGUAUCCAUAAGUUGGAUUUUUAUCGAAAUUAAGGUAGGAAAAAUAACAUUCUAGUUACAUGUGUUUGAUCGAAGAUUGUUUUUGCCAUUUAUUUUUAUUAUGCUUUUUAAACAUUCCAUAAUGAAUA